UGCGUACUUCUCAAUGUAUCAGACAACCGUAGCCAGUAAACAUGGCUGGUGUUGGCUUCAGACGGUGGGCCGACGCUCUCGCUAAAGGGAAAAGGUCUGGCAUUUCAGCCCUUUUGUCUGGAUGCAGAGCAGCCUCUGGCGCCUCUAAGGGCACCCUACCGGGUCCGUAUCCGAAGACCCCUGAGGAAAGAGCUGCCGCUGCAAAGAAGUAUAACAUGAGGGUUGAGGACUAUGAACCAUAUCCCGACAAUGGCGAAGGCUUCGGUGACUAUCCAAAACUACCGGAUAGGUCUCAACAUGAGAGAGACCCCUGGUACCAAUGGGACCACCCUGACCUGAGGAGGAACUGGGGAGAGCCGAUGCACUGGCAUUUUGACAUGUACAUCAGGAACCGUGUGGAUACAUCUCCCAGCCCUGUGCCAUGGUCCACAAUGUGCAAACAACUGUUUGGCUUUAUCGGGUUCAUGUUGUUUAUGUUUUACGUGGGGGAACAAUUACCAUCCUACCAACCUGUUGCUCCGAAGCAAUAUCCCUUCAACGACCUGUACUUGGAGCGGGGAGGCGAUCCUGAAAAACAGCCAGAGGAGAUCAAACAUUAUGAAAUCUAAUGACUCAAACAGUUGUAUUUCUGUAUAUAUUCCUGUGAAGAAUAAAGACUUAUGUUAAAAAUAA